AUGGCAUUCGAGUCCGGCACAGCAUAUCCGGAAUCUGAUGCGGACGACGAGUACGAGAGAAGUGUGCAUAACAGUUCCCCAGUCCUCGCCAACGAUUCAGAGGAUUCCGAUGGCCUUUCUUCCAGCGAACACACCCCAACUACGUAUGGUAAUCAUGGCAUCAUGGAUUCUUUACCAGAGUCUAUCAUAACGGAAUGGACUGCAGAUGAUUGCGCCGAUUUUGUAGGUAGUCUGGGACUGCGGCAGUAUGGCGAUCAAUUCUUAGAAAACGAAAUUGUUGGGGAAGCAUUGGUAGCAUUACAGCAUACCGACCUCAAGGAGAUGGGAAUAGCAAGUGUGGGGCAUCGACUCACAAUUCUCAAGAACGUUUACGACAUCAAGAUUAAGCAAGACGUGCCUAUUGAGAGUGACCACUAUGUGCCACUUUCAGCGGACGCCGAGGCCCAAUAUGCUACCGCGACACUCAAAGACAUUAAAAACCUUGUCGAACAAUUACGAUUACGAGACGAACGAAUGAGCGUUGCAGAGAUGGAAUUACGAAGGCUGACUUCUGAGUACACUCGAUUGAGGGAAGAUCUCCUACCGGUAUUUCGAAUGCAUAAGGAAGGGCAGCCUUUGCCAUACCAUCCUCCUGGGACCAACAAUCAAAGCCUAUAUUCUUACGAUAAUAACAAUACGAUAUCACCUCCUGCACCUACACCCUCUUCAAGUCAAUCAGGCGGACUCUCGCGAAAGUUCUCAACGAAAAAGCUGUUUCUGGAAUCAACGCCAAAAAAUGCUUCUCCUACAUUCAAUUUACAAUCUAGCCAGGAUAGAUCUAUGAUGGAACACGCUCUUGAUCCUGCAAAUGCUGCCGAGCGGGCAGUCCUCUCUUCCUCACACCUCAAUGCUAUGAAUAACGGCUCUCAAUCACUGUCACCUGGACAACCUUCGCCCAAUCAACCCUCUCCGACUUCCCCUCCUUCCCAUAUGAGUGGAUCCACUUUAGCCUCACGCUCGUACCGAUCAGAUCAACAACCUACACCAGGCCGCAGCAAUUUCCCUCAGAACGAUAACGACCAAUAUCCUCCAUCGACAUACUCUCGCGACAGUACCAAACCAGCACCCUCACGGCGAGCCCAAACACCGGCCCUUGAACCACCUUCUGGUGGGGGUGGUGCCUCUGUCGAAAUAUUCAAAUCAUUCCGCGUCAGUAUGGAAGACCCAUGCUACAAGGUUUUACCUGCUGCAUUAAAAAAAUACAACAUCAACGCACCCUGGGAACAAUACGCUUUAUACAUCGUCUAUGGGGAUAAAGAAAGAUGUUUGGGUAUGGAAGAAAAACCGCUGAUUCUAUUUAAACAAUUGGAUAAGGAAGGCAAAAAGCCUAUGUUCAUGUUGAGAAAAAUCAGCCCCAAUACGGAACCUGGAAUACAAGAUGUCCCUGGAAGCGCAGGUCUGGACGGUAGAAAUGGUGGUCGCGGUGGAAACAAUUCCAUAUACGACCCUCCCGGCGGCAUUAUAUAA